ACCUGACAUGCUGUCUUUUGCGACGAGAAGACUACACCCACUAAUGUUGUCAGGGGAGGUAAUUUCAUAACAACAACAAACCAAGUGAAGAGAUCUGCAAGACUCAGAUUGCACCGCCAAGACAACAGAGAGAUAGAAAGCAAACUGAUUGUUUGAGUGGAAGAUGGGUGCCUGUACUGAAUGCCGUUUGGCUAAGGUCAAGUGUGAGCAGAGUUUCCCAUGUGGACGAUGUCAGCGUUUGGGCAAGAACUGCAUUCCUCAUGAAUCAAGACAAGGACAGAAUCCUUCACGGCGCAAACGACAGCGAACCGACCCCAAAGUUCCCGCUGUGCCAGGAAUUGUUCGAUUGGAAGGUAUGCUGAUCACAGAGUCCCGAAAGGAUCACUAUGCAUUGAAGCACAUUGUGCGGCAAUGGAUCGCCUUGUCCAUCAAGCGCCGCUCCUUCAAACUGUGGGCCCGUGCCGGUAAUUUGGCCGAGGCCUGUGGAGUUUCCAUGGACGAGAUUCUGAGUGACAAGAAUGAAGAACAUCGCUCCAUGGAUUUCAUCCACCGCAUGAUCACCUCUCCAACCGAAGACCAGUUGAUCAUUGGCAAACAGCCCAUGAAACCCAACGAUGUUCCGGAUAUUCUCUGGAAAGCCGUCGGUAUGCCCACUGAUGAACGCAUGGAACAAGCACUCAACUCACGUUGGAUUAUCGUCCGAGAAGUCAUCCAGGGCACCAUUCGAUUCUAUGUCUCGCCUGGGUUUGUCCAAACCAUUGGAGUCUCCCAGUCAACCAUGGAAGCCACCUUUCGUGCCAACCAAAUGGAAGUUUCCAGUUUGUUUUAUCCCCAACACACCAAGAAUAAUCAAGGAAAGGAUUACAUGGCCGCUUUUGUACAACAAUUGGCACUCCACAGCAAACCAGGCAUUCCACCCAAACCCUCCAAAACACCCAAUGUCAAGAUUCUGGUCGGCAAAGACAAGCAGGAAAAGGUAGUGGAUCAACUACUCUGUAUUUACAUUCAGCACAUGGACAUCUCCUUUUCCUUGUUUGAGUUCAUGGAUCCCAAUGCCCAAAAAGUAACCACCAUGAAUGACCAGCAAACGGAUUUGAACCAUCUUGAUGAUUUCUAUCUCGAUCUUGAUUCUGUUGACGGAGGUAUUGACGAUUUCAAAAUGAUAUGUGAUCUAUUCAAGAGCAGCUAGCUUGUCGGGCUUUAUUCUGGCUACGCACGGUACUCACUGAAUGUACAGUCCUUGUGGUAUUGUGGUGACGCCAAUGGGUAGAGAGGAAAAUUAAUUUCCACAGCAAGGUGGGACGAUUUGAAUGUGGGGCUGUGGAGACUUGAAGGUGGUGGCAAUGGUUUCUACGAACGAACGAACGGACGAACGGCCCUGCAGGAUGGAUAGUGACAUUUUUUUAUUUGAUAGAAACAAGUACAGGUACAUUUUAACGGGAGGAUGGAGCAGUCGUUUCUGUAACAGAGUACGCUGUAGUCGGAACAAUGGAACAAACACGCACAACAGUAAAGACAACGCUGCACUUAGUUCUAUAUAAACCAGUCUCCGCUGGCAUCAUGCUAGUCAAAGGAUUAUGGAUGC